GCUGUGAGAUAGCAUUGAGGCCCAGAGCAGAAUCCUGUCAUCAUGGGCAAGUCAGCCUCAAGGCUAUUUAGUGAAGAGGUGCUAAGGAGUCAUAAUGAGUACAGGAAGAAGCACCAAGCACCACCGUUAAAGCUCAGCAGCAAACUGUGCAAUGACGCUACAAGAUAUGCAGAAAGUCUGGCUAGCACCAGAAUUCUGAAGCACAGUGUCGAGUCUAGUAAAGGAAGCUGUGGAGAAAAUCUAGCCUGGGCGUCAUAUGACCAAUCAGGAAAGGAUGUAUCAGAUCGCUGGUAUAACGAGGUGAACCAGUACAACUUUAACCAGGCUGGAUUCUCUUCUAGCACAGGUCACUUCACUGCAAUGGUGUGGAAGAGCUCUAAGAAACUUGGUGUGGGUAAAGCCGUGGCAUCUGAUGGAUCCACAUUUGUGGUGGCGCGCUAUUUCCCUGCUGGUAACAUCACCAAUCAGGGCCACUUCCAGGCUAAUGUUCUGCCUCCUAAGAGCUGAUCCUGGGAUGGUUGUGUAAGCUGUGUUUAGAAAUCACAGACUGAAGGGGAUUUCAAGAGAACUCGUGUAGGAAUGAACAUUAUGAAACUCACUAAUGAUGCUAAGCAGUAUUUGGUUUGCAUUAACAUGCUACUUGAAUACUUGUAUGUUUUUUGUUGGGAUUUGAUACAUUAUGCUUUAAGUGUUAAUACGAAUUUCUGUGUAAAUUACACAUCUUCACAACAAUGAACAAUUUUGUUUGUCUGGUAUUUGUCAACAGGUUAAAUACAGUAUUUAUAUGUUUUUAUUUUAUAUAAUAAAGAACUACCUAUUGAAGAUGGACAUUUUAGCUUCUAUUCAAAAUGUACUAGUAAAAAGGCUUGAAACUGACUAAAUAAGCAUAAAUUGUUCUGUUUUAUUGGAUCUAACUAGGGGCUGCUUAAACAUGCACAUGUAGAGCAAAAGUAUGUGGACACCUGUUAAUUAAUGAGUCCUGGUGCCAAGUUGGAUGAAAAUCCAGUCCCCAAAAAAAUUGAACAUCAUACAACAGGGUUUUUCACACUUUUUCCAAGCGACCCACAUUUUGUCCAUGAUUUUGUAUGCAACCCAGGUAACACAAACAAUGCAUCUCACUCUCUCUGCUCUGUACAAUCUGGUGUAUGUAGAUGUAACAUAAAGCCUCUGCAAAGGGGCGUUCGCAUGUAAGUUCAUUUCAUUAUUAUUACCUUUCUAUGCGACCUAUUUUUUGGCUCAUGGGUUGAAAAACCCUGCCAUACAACAUCAUUUCAUACAUCACAAAUUGUCUUUUGACUGAAUGGGAUCAGAUAUCCUUCAAAAUCUCGUGGAAGGUGUUUCCAGAAGAGUAGGGGCAGUUACAGCCAAAAAUUAAGGCAAUUUCUCAUUAAUGCUCAUGGGUUUUGAAGUGGCAUGUCCAUCAAGCUCAUGAACAUUGGAAAGUUCUGUAGAAGAUCGUUCAGGUGGUGCAAACUAAUAAAUUGUUUAUGCCCAUUUUAGUGCCUAAAGCUUUGGUACAACCUAUGAAUAAACAACUUUUAACGUAUUGUGUGUUUUAUUAAAGGUAUUGUUAAAAAUAAGUUAAUUUACGUUGUUUGUUUUACAGCUGUAUGUUGGACGAUCUUCAGUGCUAAUAUCUUUAUCUUGUUAUGUCUUUAUUUUUUGUAUUAAAAUAACAAUGCAUUACAAUGUUUGUCUUGGAUUUGCCUUAUAGGGUGAAACUAAAAUAAAUGUUCCCACAAAACCAUGACAUUUUACAUAGA